CAUUGUAGAACAAAAGACUGAGUGAUAAUGUUGUUUUCGAAGUUUAAUUUAAAUAAUGAAUUUUAAAUAACUUCGGUUUAAAAAGUGCACUGUGGGAUUUUUUGGUCUUUCACUCCGGAUUUCUGAGACAAGUGAUAUUAAUCUUUAUGUAAAGCAGAACAUGAACGAUGAUACCGCACGUGAAUGAUUAUAAAGGUGAUAUAGAAGAUGAUGAAAUACCAUUCGCUAUUGAACAGGCGAAAAAUAUAAAAUGGUACGAUUGGGUGCUCCUAAACAGACCCCUAAGAGUCAUCGUAGCAUUAUUACUAACUACAAUUUUGGGACCAAUACUUAUCUACCGGUUCAUAUUCUUUCCAUCCUUGGAACUUCCACCACCUGAUGGCUUGUCAAUAGGAUCCUGCUUAGUUCCCAGAGAAGCCCGGAUUCCUUGUGGUGUGGAAGCGGUCACCCCCGAGCAAUGCCAUGCCCAAUGUUGCUAUGAUCACCAUCACAACCUAUGCUUCCAUAGAUACCCUUCAAGAUUCUCCUACAUGACCCAUCACACUUGGGCAGAAGACGUAUACCUGAAUCCACGAAUACAAACUACGCCAUAUGGAUCACAGCGAAGCUUUAGAAACAUCAAGCUAUCAAUCGAUGAAGUAACACCAACUCAUCUUACAUUAACAUUCUACAAACACAACAAUAUUACCGGCAGAAAAUUAGAAGAGAAAAAUUACGUCUAUGGUGUAACUCAUCCAGAAUUAAACGUAGUCGUUAACUCCACUCAAGGAAACAUAUUCAACACAGCAAGAGGACCUUUAAUUGCUUCGAACAACAUAUGGGAAAUAUCGUUCAAACUCACAAAUGAAACGCUAUACGGACUCGGUGAAAUACCGUUGAAACCAGAUACUGUCAAAGUGAUAUAUAAUCAUAAAGGGGCUUCGAGUUCUAUACCGUUAAUAUUCGCAAAAUUUAAUGGGUCAUACCAUGGGUUAUUGAUUGAUACAAUGGCCCCUACAGAGGUGAUUGUUCGAAAGGAUAAACAAUUAGUUGUUCGCAGUAUAACAGAUUUAGGACUGAAGUUUCAUUUGUUUGUUGGACCGAAGCCUGCUGACAUAAUGAGAGACGCCAUGGCUACAAUAAAAGCUAAGAAGAAUCUGGAAUACUGGAUGCUUGGAGCCCACGUUUGUAGAGAAUCAACUUCUACAAAUCCCCUAGAAGAGCUUCGUACAUUUUUAUCCAGUGCUUCUGCUGCCGCACCAAGUACCACAAGAAUGCCAUUUGAAAGUCACUGUGGUACUCUUUCUAUAGUGUUCAAUACUGAAUGUAAUAGUACCAUGGUCAGUCUAGUGGACCAAGGUGCUACGCUCAUAAAGAAUGGAGGAAAGAGAUUUGUACCACAUGUUUCACCUUACAUAAAAUAUACGGCACUACCAGAACCAGAAGAUGAAGAAAGCUCAAAAGAUGAAGAUGAAGAAGAAAUAGAAGAACCAGCUGUCAAAAUGGAAACAAGUGAUCGUUGUAUUGACGAUGACAAAAUCGAUCACCAGAUCAUCAGAGAUCCAAUUUCAUAUAAAAUGUACAAAGGUGUUGUGAAUAACCAUGAUGUUAUCUACCCAAGUUACAAAGUAGUCAGUAAUGAAACAAUGCAACAUUUGUGGGCUUACAACACUGACUUUGACGCUGUUAUUCUCGAAAACAAUUGGCCCUUGGACGAAUCUGAAAAGAACUUCGACCAAAUUAACGAUUUUUUGCCAUACUUCAGUGAGACUUUUGAAGCUGCUUUCAAUUUUACUCCUCAAUGGAAUGCUACUCGACCGACGAAAGCAGUUGGAAAUUUCACACGUCUGGCUAAUUCUACAGAGUAUCCUGGAGAAUUAUAUUUCAUCAGGCACAGUGAAUAUGGCAACGAAUUUGCAAAUGCAUUCGAAAACAUCAAAGGAUCAAUCCCAAAACUAUCAUCCAGUCAAUGGAUGAAUGGAGACAUUAUAAUAAACAGACAAAAUAUACCAACUUCAUGGACUAAUCUUCAGAGAGAACUCAUUGAAGCCAGUUUAGGAGGUAUCUCUGGCCAUUGGUACUGGUCUUCACCCAUUUGCGGAGACACAGAACAUUUCUUAAGCACAACACAGAUUAGACUUUGCGCUAAAUGGUAUAUGGCUGCAACAUACAUGCCAAUGAUCAAGAUCCAUUCAAAAACUAUUUCAAGGGAUCCUCUAGCCUUCGUUGGUACAGAUAGAAUACAUAUGAUAACAGCAUUAAACAGAAGACUCAGUCUUUUGCCGUAUUUCUACACUGUCCUGCAGGAAGGCCCACUUCUAAGACCUAUGUUCUACCAAUUCCCUUCAUCUGUGAAUAUUACUGACUUGACAACUCAGUUUGCUGUGGGUGAUGAUAUAUUGAUAGUUCCCAAUCUUCAACCAAGUCAAACUCAUGUGCAUGUGCGAAUGCCUCCGGGGACUUGGUACGAAUUUUGGAGUGGUAUGGAGGUAGUUGGAGAAGAAGGUCAAGCAGUUACCUUGACAACUACUGAGGCAGAGUUCUUGUCGCUGGUGCGCGGAGGUUCUAUCAUAGUUAUGCAGAAGAAUGUUCAACUAACUGCUGAAUUGACUCGUCGACAAUCACCAUACUCGCUCAUAAUCGCAUUAAAAUGUGAAACUACUAUUGAUUACAAUGCUACUGAACCAACACCCACAGAAAAAAGAUCUAAAGUAAGAACUGAUCCUGAAGAAAAUGCAGAACAUGAAACUAGUACAGAAUCAAUUAUAACAACAACUACAGAUGCAGCGAUACCAACGAUAACUACAUGUAAUGCUACUGGAAAAUUGUUCAUGAAUGAAAACAUGACUAUAACACUGCAAGCCAAUUCAACAGCUUUAACAAUUAAUGCUGUUGGAGAAGAUUUUCAAGUACUCUGCAAUGAGAAUGUAGCUGAAUGGGCUAGUUCUAUAACAAAAGUGAUAAUAUAUGGCUUGCAUGAGAAAGAAAACAAUUAUGACGAGAAAAGAAUUGUACGUCCGACGAUAAACUUGUGUCAGUUAGUGAAUAAUGAAGAAAUUAUUUACAAGUUCGUUGAUAUUGAUUUUUGAUACUUUUUUAGUUCACAUAUUUCCAAGAGCUUAGAUGUUUAUACAAAUUAUAUGAAGGAUAUAUCACUUUCAGUAUUAUUUAUUUCUCAUUAAACUUAUCAAAGUAGCAUAAAA